CAGGUCAUUUUAGUUCAAUGAACAAAUGCUCUUAGCUUUAUGUGUAUUGUAUCCAAGCAAUUGGAAAAAAGUGUUAGAGUUUUGAAAAGUUUGCAUUUUGACAUUGGUUGUGUUUUGUGUAUAGAGUUUUGGAAAAUGACAUCAAGGUUCCGAAAUUAGUGCUAAAGUGAUUGUAAAUAACUGUAACAUCUAAAUGCAGAAUGGCAGUUCCACCGCCAAGCGCAAGAGGGCAGUGUCAUUUGGACACUGAGCCACAACUUACGUGCCGCAGCCAUAGAGUAGAGGAAGACCGAAAGACUUCCGCGUACAGACGUUUAAUGUAUUUUCAGGUGAAAUAUGCCCCGUUACUGUGCUGUAAAACUUUGCAAAAAUCGUGGAGGAACACCCUCUAAAGAAAACAAGAGAAUAAGCUUUUACCCGUACGGUUCCCUUUGCAAGAUGAGGUCAGGCUACAGAUAUGGGUAGACAACAUGAAGCGAGAGGAGUGGACCCCCAGCAGACACCAGUACCUGUGUAGUGAACAUUUCACUGAGGACUGCUUUGACCUGCGAUGGGGGAUCCGGUACCUGAAACACACGGCCUUCCCUACCAUCUUCCCUCACACACACGAUGACGAAGAUAAAACCGUUUCCACCAGUAAGAACACCACCAAGCCCAAAACCAGGAUAUGCGACGCCAACAUUGAACUCAUCCGCUCCCCCUCCCCUCCUGGCAAGAAUACACCUCUGAUUCUGAAAAGGACAGUCAGAGUGGAACCAGUCAUGGUGAGUGUCACUCCUGUCCCUAACCCUGAGGAUGCCAGUGAAUCUACGGUCACUACACUGUUAUAUGAAAGACCACUUGUUUCAGACACAGAGGCCUCUACUCCUAGUGAAAUGGUCCUGGGGGAGGUGAUGCUCUCAGAGACCCAGGCUGCAGUGUGUGAGGUGAACAGAGAACUAUCUGGAGACAGUGGUGGGAUACUGACAGCCUCAUGCUUGAACCUGUCUGGUGAGACACAGACACUGCAGCAGCUGGAUACACUGGACUCCACUGUGACUGUGCUCUGCUGUGAAUCCGUCGUCCCUGUCGGUCGUUUCUCUGAAUGUGAAGCCACGGUGGACGCCCUCCACGUGGCCCUCGGUCAGACGUUUAGGAUCUUCCCUCUGGAGCUGCGGAGGGAGGAGUGGGUGGGAGACCGGGAGGAGGGCCCCGAGGAGGGGGGACACAUCUCUGUGUACGAGCACUCCUACUCCAAACAGGACACGGACCAGGAACAGCUGUGGAGGAAGACAGCCAGCCUCCACACCAAGAUCAUGGAGCUGGAUAGGAGAGAGGAAAGUACCAUGGCUAAAAUACGAUCGCUUAAGAGCGAGAUGGCACAUCUGAAGAAGAGCAACGUUGUUUUAAAAGAAAAGCAGAAAUUACUAGAGGACUAUAUUACUUCUGCGUUGCUCUGAUGUCUUAACCUCAGUGCUUUGUUUCCAUUAACAACGGUCUUUCUAAUGAGAUGUAUUUUGUCUAGUUAUUACAGGGUUAUUACAGGGUUAUUAUAGGGUUAUUACAGUCUCAAUCACUUGUACUUAUUUAUUAUCUGUUUACAUGUUUCACCAGAGUUAUAUUACUUACUAGUAGUGAAGCCCUUCUCAAAGAGCGUUGGCCAAGGCUACAAUCUGUUCUCCAGCUCGUUCUAGCUCUUCCGUUUGUCUCCGCUAGGUGGCACUGUGUCUUUAGGACAGGCCCUGGCACGAUGCACUACUGUUUCAUGUUUCGACAUCACUGACUGACAUAUUGUCAAUAUUAGUGGUGUAAUUUGGAGCGUUUUAAGGGACGUGAUAUUCCCUAUUCUUGUGCUACAGAUGGCUGCUUGUUUUAUUCAAUGGUAUAGUAUUCGUAUAUCAAAUCAAAUCUACUGUGCGGUCAUACGGAUCCUUACUGGUUAUUAAUGUAUAAAAAGGUGUUUUUCACUAAUGUUUUAUGUUUAUUUGGAUAAUAACAAGCAGCCUGCGGUACGUAAGUAUCCGAGUGACUGAGACGACUACACCGUUUUAGGUGCAUCUUCUUGGUUCUAAUUAAAUGGUUGAAUAGGAAAAUGUGCAAUGCUUGCUCACUAUUCAAAAUAUAUUUUUUAUCCAAGCAACUAUUAAAAGCUUGACGUUUCGGGUCUUCGGCAAUUUCCUUAAAUAGACAGGUUCUGAUAAAUGAACCGGUUCUGGUGAAGACCAUUGAAGGCCGAAACGUCAAGCUUUUAAUACUUUCUCAAAUAAAAUCAUAUAUUUGAAUGUUAAACAAGCUUUGCACCUUUUUGAUGAUGUAACUGGUUGCUCCUUGACUCCCAUUGGUUGGGCGUCCUCUACUUCUUUCCAUAAAGAAAUUAAAUGGUCAACUGAUUUCUCAUCACUGAAAAUGCAACACUGCGGUCCUCUUUCUUGAUGGAAAUGGCUUACAUUACCUGCAACCCUUUUAUCAAUGCAAUGACAUCACACGUGUCAUGAUGAAGCUGAUGGUGCUUUCAAGACAACUGGGGGGGGUCAAAUCAUGACGUCAGUGAGCUUCAUGUUGGAGCUUUAUGCAGCUGGGGGGGGUCUAGCUCCGACUCUUUCUGGAGCUCCGACCUUCCUACCUGUGGAUCGCUGACAUUAUGAUUUGACCUUAUAUUUUAUGGAGUUCCCGGGCUUCAGAGGCCUGAGUUCCCGAGCUUCAGAGGUCUGAGUUCCCGGGCUUCAGAGGCCUGAGUUCCCGGGCUUAAGAGGCCUGAGUUCCCGGGCUUCAGAGGCCUGAGUUCCCGGGCUUCAGAGGUCUGAGUUCCCGAGCUUCAGAGGCCUGAGUUCCCGGGCUUCAGAGGCCUGAGUUCCCGUGCUUCAGAGGCCUGAGUUCCCGGUGCUUCAGAGGCCUGAGUUCCCGGGCUUCAGAGGCCUGAGUUCCCGGGCUUCAGAGGUCUGAGUUCCCGGGCUUCAGAGGCCUGAGUUCCCGAGCUUCAGAGGCCUGAGUUCCCGGGCUUCAGAGGCCUGAGUUCCCGGGCUUCAGAGGCCUGAGUUCCCGGGCUUCAGAGGCCUGAGUUCCCGACUUGGAAUUCCGAGUUGAACGACCGUUCAAAACUAUUUUUCCCAGAGCUCGGAGCUCGUUUUAAUCCAAAUUCACAGAUGUUUUGAACGCACUGAAGUCUGAGAUUUCCGAGUUCACAGUUGUUAUGAACGUGGCGUAACCUCAAACCAGAACUGACCGUUUCAUUUCACUUGUAGUGAAACAUAAUGUGAGCAACCACUAGCAUUCCAAAAGGAGCAACAGUAGAGAGAUAUAGCAGACACAUAAAGCAGAAUAGAAUAGAAGGGCUGCUUGUAGGAAGGGCUGCUUGUAGGAAGGGCUGCUUGUUGGAAGGGCUGCUUGUAGGAAGGGCUGCUUGUAGGAAGGGCUGCUUGUAGCAAGGGCUGCUUGUAGGAAGGGCUGCUUGUAGCAAGGGCUGCUUGUAGGAAGGGCUGCUUGUAGGAAGGGCUGCUUGUAGCAAGGGCUGCCUGUAGGAAGGACUGCUUGUAGCAAGGGCUGCCUGUAGGAAGGGCUGCCUGUAGGAAGGGCUGCUUGUAGGAAGGGCUGCUUGUAGACUAUUGUGAGAUGAAGGGAGCUCUAAUCACAGUGGAGACGACACGCUGUAAUUUGGACCUGAGAUCUAUAAGAGAAACGUCACACGCCUCACAGAGCCACUCUGAAGACACACGACAUUGUCACUUUCCCAGUUUAUUGAUCUCGGGUAAAAAGAACAGCAUGUACACUGAGAUGACUGAUUGAUUACUAGUCUGCAAUGCUACAAAGUCAACUUCACAGCAAUGUUAUUGAUAUCCGAGAAGAACUUUUGAGCAGUAAUGAAGAAGCUUGGGACUUCACUGACGAUUUAAAAUCAUAUAGGUUGACUUUGAUAAUGUAAAGAUUGGCCUAUAGGUCCUGUCUUUGGCUCUAGAUGAUUGGCCCACGCCCUUGUUCUGUCUCUGUCCAAUAGAAUGUAGCAGCAGCACAAAUACAAGGACACAACAACCAAUCAUGUCGGUGAUAGGAAAACAACAUUUAUUCAAUUCCAGAUGUUAAUUGCUGUGCUUGUGUGUUUCAAUGCAGUACCUUUGUGUUCGCAACACAUCUAAUGAACUUUAUAUUACAUUAGAACAUGGCCCUCAAAAUGCUCUCAGCUCUGUCUGUUGCCAAGUGAUAGUCUCAUCCUGUUUGUAUCCUAGAUCCUAUGCAGAAUGCAACCUGCCAUCGGGCAGGCGUAAUGUCUGCACUGCACCAACCCAGCGGGGUAUUUCAGACAGCAGGAUUGUUAACUUAGCCAGCUAACUUUGAUUAGCAGCCACAUGUAACUGUUGAUGUUCUGGUUGAUUAAGAAAGCUAUUUUUUUUAUUGGUUGUUUUUAUUGGAAAUAUUGUUUUUAUUGGAAACUUCAGAACUGUGAAGUUAUUUCAGGCCGUUUUGGACAGUUAGCUGCUAACUCAUUGAUCCAUGUUUUUGGAGCAGCAGCCGAUUCACAGGGUUUGUGUGGAUACAGGGAGAACUCCAGGUAUGGUUGAACUGAACAUCUAAGCACUGACUUUUUGCCCUAGAAAAGCACUUACUUUAAUUGUAGCCGUAGUCAUAACAAAAGACAAGUGGUUGUUAGGUUUUAUCAAUGCUAAUUAUAUGCUGAUGCAUUCGUCAUAACUGACCUUUCUAAAGGCUAUCAUUAGAUGCCAAAUGUUCACUUAGUCUCCCGGUGACAUCGCUGCACGACUACGUCAACAUUCGUUAGGAUUCACCCCUGCAUCUUUCUGCCUCCAUCCCCUGAGAGAAACGCCUUCCAUCCCUGGGACCCGAGGCCUGGUCUGCUUCCCAAAGGGGCUGUGUAACACACUACUCUGGCCCAUUUGGAACACGCUCUCUGACUGCACUUGCCUGAACGACUCGUGUGAAUAAAUGAGGUGUUUAGCAUUAUUCCAACGCAUCAGUCAAGACUCUAAACAAACAGACUUAAUGGGGGCCAUUGUUUGUUCUGUACUUAGAGUCUAAUUUCAUUCCAGAGUGAGAAGUCUUUUGAUGGUGUUGUUGUUUGUGAAAGGCUAAUGCUAAAUGAAGCAUCCAUCCACUGUGUUAUGUCCAUUCAAACAUAGAGCAUACUUCUAGUAGUUGAAGGCAAGCUACUAAUCACCUCGAGUCUAAAGUAUAAACAUGUAUUAUGCAUGGUGUUGUCAGAACAGGUCAGUCGUUUUUUGAUUUUCUUUUGAGAAAAAUGACUCCAGCAAGAGGAAAAAAAAGUGUUUUCUGGAAGUAUUUACACGAUCAUUAUUGGUUCAAUUGAGUCAUGGCGCUGUUCCACGUGUUUCAUGCACAUCAGUAACCUGCCGCAGCGGGCGUUUCUCUCUGGUCCUGAUGAGAAGAAUGUACUGUCGGGGGAGGUUCUCUUCUGCACUGUUGAACCAAUCCAAUAAAUAUGGAGGAGGAGUUAAGAUGGAGUGUUGCCUUGUUGACGUCCUAAAGCGGAAGUCCCGUCACAGACUUCCUAUUUCCCCUGAAAACCAGAUGCAUCCGGUUGUUACCAACCCGCCGAGGGUGGAGGAGAUGAGACACGAAGACAUCCAAUUCAUUCACCAUGGGUAUGUCCCAAAUGGCACCCUAUUCCCUUUAUAGUGCACUACUUAUGGCCAUAACCCUAUGUGGGGAAUAGGGAGCCAUUUGGGAUGCCCACAAGAAGACAUCCAAUCUAUCUCUGAGACUGUGCUUUUAAUGUUUGUGAUGGGAUUAGAUGGACAUACCAGGGAAUUCUUUAACGAUCACUCAAGCUUCAUGUUAAGCCUGACUGUUGGUCUAUCCUGGAGAUGGAGGUUGACAUGUCUGAUCACAGCUGUUGGUCUCUCCUGGAGAUGGAAGAUGACAUGUUUGAUCACAGAGCUGUUGGUCUCUCCUGGAGAUAGAGGAUGACAUGUCUGAUCACAGAGCUGUUGAUCUCUCCUGGAGAUGGAAGAUGACAUGUCUGAUCACAGAGCUGUUGGUCUCUCCUGGAGAUGGAAGAUGACAUGUCUGAUCACAGAGCUGUUGGUCUCUCCUGGAGAUGGAGGAUGACAUGUCUGAUCACAGAGCUGUUGGUCUCUCCUGGAGAUAGAGGAUGACAUGUCUGAUCACAGAGCUGUUGAUCUCUCCUGGAGAUAGAGGAUGACAUGUCUGAUCACAGCUGUUGAUCUCUCCUGGAGAUGGAGGAUGACAUGUCUGAUCACAGAGCUGUUGAUCUCUCCUGGAGAUGGAGGAGGACAUGUCUGAUCACAGAGCUGUUGAUCUCUCCUGGAGAUAGAGGAUGACAUGUCUGAUCACAGAGCUGUUGAUCUCUCCUGGAGAUGGAGGAUGACAUGUCUGAUCACAGAGCUGUUGGUCUCUCCUGGAGAUGGAGGAUGACAUGUCUGAUCACAGAGCUGUUGAUCUCUCCUGGAGAUAGAGGAUGACAUGUCUGAUUACAGAGCUGUUGAUCUCUCCUGGAGAUAGAGGAUGACAUGUCUGAUCACAGAGGGACUAAAGAAGGGUCUGAGGACCACUACAGUCUCUCUCUCUGUCUCUGUCUCUCUCACUCUUGCUCGCUCACAAGCACACUUAGAAUCACUACAGUGUCAAUGGGGAGGAGUGGCCAUAACCACUCCCAAGACAUGCUAAUAUAGCUUAGCCUAUAAUUGCCAUGGAGACACAAAAGCCCCACAGUAACCACUCUGAACCAUAGAAGCCAAUGAAGAGUCCAAAUUGAGUGUUUGUUUGCAGUACAAGACGAGCCAAGUAAACAAACCUGUGGUUGCUGACAGGUGUUCCCGUCAUUGUUCAUUAGAAAUCAUCUGUAAUUGGGACUGAUUGGCUGGGAGAGAAGUCUCUUAAUUGAUUUUGUAUUGAAUGCUCAGUCGGUGUCCAUCAAGGCUAAUUGAGGCUUGUUCAUCAAGUAAAUGAACAACAUGUUUCUUCAGUUAAUUCUAUAAAGGCAGGUGAGUGACAGGUGAGGUAAUCUAACUUCAGUUAAUUCUAUAAAGGCAGGUGAGUGACAGGUGAGGUAAUCUAACUUCAGUUAAUUCUAUAAAGGCAGGUGAGGUAAUCUAACUUCAGUUAAUUCUAUAAAGGCAGGUAAGUGACAGGUGAGGUAAUCUAACUUCAGUUAAUUCUAUAAAGGCAGGUGAGUGAUAGGUGAGGUAAUCUAACUUCAGUUAAUUCUAUAAAGGCAGAUGAGUGACAGGUGAGGUAAUCUAACUUCAGUUAAUUCUAUAAAGGCAGGUGAGUGACAGGUGAGGUAAUCUAACUUCAGUUAAUUCUAUAAAGGCAGGUGAGUGACAGGUGAGGUAAUCUAACUUCAGUUAAUUCUAUAAAGGCAGGUGAGGUAAUCUAACUUCAGUUAAUUCUAUAAAGGCAGGUGAGUGACAGGUGAGGUAAUCUAACUUCAGUUAAUUCUAUAAAGGCAGGUGAGUGACAGGUGAGGUAAUCUAACUUCAGUUAAUUCUAUAAAGGCAGAUGAGUGACAGGUGAGGUAAUCUAACUUCAGUUAAUUCUAUAAAGGCAGGUGAGUGACAGGUGAGGUAAUCUAACUUCAGUUAAUUCUAUAAAGGCAGGUAAGUGACAGGUGAGGUAAUCUAACUUCAGUUAAUUCUAUAAAGGCAGGUGAGGUAAUCUAACUUCAGUUAAUUCUAUAAAGGCAGGUAAGUGACAGGUGAGGUAAUCUAACUUCAGUUAAUUCUAUAAAGGCAGGUGAGGUAAUCUAACUUCAGUUAAUUCUAUAAAGGCAGGUGAGUGACAGGUGAGGUAAUCUAACUUCAGUUAAUUCUAUAAAGGCAGGUGAGUGACAGGUGAGGUAAUCUAACUUCAGUUAAUUCUAUAAAGGCAGGUGAGUGACAGGUGAGGUAAUCUAACUUCAGUUAAUUCUAUAAAGGCAGGUGAGGUAAUCUAACUUCAGUUAAUUCUAUAAAGGCAGGUGAGUGACAGGUGAGGUAAUCUAACUUCAGUUAAUUCUAUAAAGGCAGGUGAGUGACAGGUGAGGUAAUCUAACUUCAGUUAAUUCUAUAAAGGCAGGUGAGUGACAGGUGAGGUAAUCUAACUUCAGUUAAUUCUAUAAAGGCAGAUGAGUGACAGGUGAGGUAAUCUAACUUCAGUUAAUUCUAUAAAGGCAGGUGAGUGACAGGUGAGGUAAUCUAACUUCAGUUAAUUCUAUAAAGGCAGGUAAGUGACAGGUGAGGUAAUCUAACUUCAGUUAAUUCUAUAAAGGCAGGUGAGGUAAUCUAACUUCAGUUAAUUCUAUAAAGGCAGGUAAGUGACAGGUGAGGUAAUCUAACUUCAGUUAAUUCUAUAAAGGCAGGUGAGUGACAGGUGAGGUAAUCUAACUUCAGUUAAUUCUAUAAAGGCAGGUAAGUGACAGGUGAGGUAAUCUAACUUCAGUUAAUUCUAUAAAGGCAGGUGAGGUAAUCUAACUUCAGUUAAUUCUAUAAAGGCAGGUAAGUGACAGGUGAGGUAAUCUAACUUCAGUUAAUUCUAUAAAGGCAGGUGAGGUAAUCUAACUUCAGUUAAUUCUAUAAAGGCAGGUGAGUGACAGGUGAGGUAAUCUAACUUCAGUUAAUUCUAUAAAGGCAGGUGAGUGACAGGUGAGGUAAUCUAACUUCAGUUAAUUCUAUAAAGGCAGGUGAGUGACAGGUGAGGUAAUCUAACUUCAGUUAAUUCUAUAAAGGCAGGUGAGGUAAU